AAUUUUGUACUUUAUUCUCUCAAAUCUGCUUCCCGCUACUACAAGGGAAGCGGGAAACUAAAAACCAACUCUAAAGUUGAAAACGUCCGAUAAAGCAUACCCCAAAAAGCUUCAUUUGGUUGAGAAUUUGAGAGAAGAAAAGAGAACUAGGCAAAUGGCUGUUGUUUCAACUUCUGCUUCCCAAAUUGAAGAGGCGAAUCAAACAAAUGGAAAUGGAAUUCGCGUCGUAGGGCGAAGAAUUUAUGAUUCUGAAAAUGGAAAAACUUGCCACCAGUGCCGGCAAAAAACUAUGGAUUUCUUGGCUCCAUGCAAGAACUUGAAAAAGGACAAGCAAUGUACCAUUAAGUAUUGUCAUAAAUGUCUACUGAACAGAUAUGGAGAGAAGGCAGAAGAAGUCGCAUUGUUAAUUGAUUGGAAAUGUCCCAAGUGCAGAGACAUUUGCAAUUGUAGUUGCUGCAUGAAGAAAAAGGGUCACAAUCCUACUGGUAUACUAGUGCACACGGCCAAGAAAACUGGGUUCUCUUCUGUUUCAGAAUUGCUUCAAGCUAAAGGACCUGAAAAUUUUGGAUAUGAAAAGUUUAUAAAAGAUACAGGUGUUUUGUCAAACAAGCAAGCAAAGGAGUUUAUGGCCACUUCACCAAAGAUGCUUGGGAAGGAAAAUUCUUUUGAUGGAGACUGUGAUUCCAAAGUUGGUUCUGAGAAUCUGACAUUAUUUCCUGAUGAAAAGAAAUCUAAGAAGAUGAAACGUGAGGAAUUGAAGGAAUUGUGUAAUGGUAAUGGGGAUCAUGAUCUUUCUUUGAACAAAACUGGUCUAAAAAAGGCUAAAACCUCGAAGGAAUCUUCAAAGAAAACAGUGAAGGGAAAUUAUUGUCUGUCAGAUGAAAAAAACUUGAAUAAAGAAGUGCAAAUUGGUGAUCAUUCCAGUCUCAGCAAAGGACAAGAAGUUAAAUGUGCGAAAAACAAGAAAGGAGAUUUGAAUGGAGCUAAAGCUUUGGAGGAUAUCUCUAAGAAAAGGGAGUCUGUGACUUCUGACGAGGAGUCUAGGAAAAAAUUGAAGUCAAAACAAAAAUCUGUGGCUGCGGAAAAGAAUCUUAACAGGCAGGUUAUUGAAACCAACACUGUAUAUCCAGUUAAAAAGAAAAAGUGUGGUGUAAAAAGUGAGGAUUCUGGUGGUUCAAAUGGUUGCAAGAAUGAUAACAGCAGUGGCAAGCUCCAGUCAGUUAUAAAGCCUUGCAGAGACAAAAAACUUGACACAGACGUUCAACUGCCUAAGGGCUCCAGCUUAAUAACUGUUGCUGGCAUUGAUUUACCUCCCAAAGAUGUUGGUCAUGCAUUACAGUUCCUAGAGUUUUGUGCAGCUUUUGGAGCGGUUCUUGAUAUGAAGAAAGGGCAAGCAGAAUCUGUAAUCAGAGAAAUAAUGCGUGGACGUGGGAGAUGCCGAUUACAGUACUCUCCAGUAGUCCAAAUCCAUGUACAAUUGUUGUCUCUAAUACAAAAAGAUAUGGGGAAGAAAUUUCCACCCUUCAAAGCAAGUGACAAUGGUUCAUGGUUUAGAGCCCUUGGCCAAUGUGUUUCUGAAUCCCAAUGUGCACUCAGAGAAGUUUCUUCUGAUAUUUAUGAUGGUGGUGUGGAUGCAUAUAAUGUGCUAGGCAGUUCUAUAAAGCUUAAACUCUUAAACAUUUUAUGUGAUGAAGCCCUUUGCACAAUAACAUUGAGGAAUUGGAUUGACAAGCAAAAUUCUCAGUUUGUUGAUAGUGAGAAGGAAGCAAAAGAAAAGAUUCUAGUUGCAAGGGAUAAGGAAAAACAAUUAAGGCAGAAAAUGCAAGAUGAGGUUGCCAAAGCUAUUAUUGAAAAAAGUGGUGCUUCUCUGUCAGUUUCUGAGCAUGAGGUUCUUGUUAGACAAAUAAAAAGAGAAGUAAUUCAAGUUCAUGAAGAUGUGUGCCAGGCAAUUCGUAUGUUACCAAGGAAGAGACAGAGAUCUGAUGCUGUUAGAACAGCACCUAUUAUAUUGGAUGUUAGUGGUCGUGCUUUCUGGAAAUUGAGAGGGUAUACCAGUGAAAACUAUAUAUUGCUGCAAGAUAUUGGAACCUUAGAUCCAGUUGCACCUAGUGAGAAAUGGUUUGUCUAUGAUGUUGAACAGAAACCAGAUGUAGAGAAAUACAUCUCUUCUAUAAGGACAAAAAGGGUUAAGAUUCAUAAAGUUAAAGACAGCCUUCCAACUGCUAUUGUUGGAGAAAACUUGAAGCAUGCUUAGUCCAAUCAUUUUGUUUCUGAAAAAUUCUGGUAAUAAUAUGCUGCAUGUUACGGGACAUGGCUUCCAGGUCAUUGUAGUGAAAAAUCUUUCAAGUUAGGCUCCAACUAUAUAAUGAGGUUAGUAGGGGUCUACUCCGGCAGGAGUGGUUUGAUAAAAAGAGUUUCCAUUUUCACGCCCUUUUCUUGCAGCUGACUUUUCUUGUUGAUUAAUCUAUUCUUUUCAUUUCUAAUUGUGGUUAGUGCUUUUUUACCUUUACAAAACAAUUUAACUUUUUAAUAAUUUUUAUUAUAAUAAUUAAAAAACAUUGUCAA